AAGGACGGAAACUAUUAUCGGUGAUAUAUAGAACAAUAAAAUGCAUUUAUGCGGGUCCGAGAAACCACUUGCAUCAAUCGUGUCGGUGUGAGAGCAUACAUUGAGAGGGUCAAUCCAUGCACUGGUCGUCUUAGAAUGAUUGGACACGACAUGCAAACAUUGGCAUCACAAGUUGUAGGAUUUCUGAUGUUCUUGCAAGUAUGUACUCCAGUUACAUCAAAGACACUCAAAGUGACAACAAUUCAUGAGCCGCCAUUCGUUGAAAAACAACUGGUUAAUGGUCGCUAUACUGGUUUUAUUCCCGAUCUGCUUGAUGAACUAAAAGAUCGCCUAGGGAUCAAUUUUGAUAUAUCUAUCGUUAAGGAUGGCGCCUAUGGGGUUCCUAAAAGUGAUGGCAAGUGGACCGGGAUGAUCGGCGAAGUCUUGGGACCGGACGCUGACUUUGCAGCUGCGCCACUGACGAUCACAUCGACGCGUCUGAACGUCUUGGACUUCACCUUGCCCUUCAUGACUACUGGAACUGUCAUCUUGGGCAAGAAUCCUCUCGAAAUCAAGAGUGUGGGGGAACUCGCUAAUCAAAACACGGCAAAAUAUGGCACGAUACAAAAUGGUCUGACGAAACAGUUUUUCCAAAAUUCAACCUAUGGUCUCUAUGCACGCAUGUGGGCCAAAAUGAAUUCGGACCCAUCUGUGUUUGUUGAUAAAGCAGCGACGGGAGUAGAUCGAGUGAGACAAGGCAAUUAUUAUUUUAUCAUGGACAGCGUCAUGGCGGACUACUGGUCAAAACAUCGACCAUGCGAUGUCAAAGUUAUAGGUAAUCCACUUAAUUCGUGGGGGUACGGACUGGCUUUCUCGAAAGGUUCUCCCCACGUAUCAACGUUUAAUCUUGCUAUUCUACGAAUGCAGGAAGACGGGACCCUCUCCCGCCUCAGGAACCUUUGGUGGAAAGACUACUGCAGCAGUGCUUCUACAAUUGCUGCAUCUUCGUUUUUGAUCUCCUCUGUUAUUGUGUUGAUUCACUCUUUUAUUCACCUCUAGGUUAACUACAAAGUGACUCCGAUGUGUGAGCUUUCUUACAUUACAAAAUUUGCUUUAGAAUACACCGUUCAACAAUGUUGAAUACACUGUUCGUGUAGCAAUAAAAAGCAAAUGGCUGGUAGUCAACACUCAUUUAAAAUCUGACAGGACAAUUUGAAAAGUAAAUGACAUGACAAGUCCUUCAUUGUUAUAAUACAUGACUAAGCUUGGAGGAAGUGUACAAUGUCACUCGACUUUUUUGGUGAUUUUAAAAUCAUGUCUACUAGACGUUUCACAGUUCAAAAUCAACUUCUGUAGUAAUUUGACACCACUUUCUAAUUUGCCUCACUGACAAUUUA